GUGGGAUUCUGGUAAACAGCAGGCUGCUCACUUCGCAAGCUUUGCCCUCCUCCUCUCUUCUCCUCCGUCUUCUCUCCUUUUGGUUUCUGUUGUAUGUUUCUCUGGGCUGAACUGCAUGAACUAAUAAUCGACUUAUCAGCCAUGCCUUUGAUGAACUUGUCUGAGUCAAAGUGGAGGUUGGUGCUCAUUGCUCUCCUUAUGUGUGCCGUAAUCUUCGAGUUGGAUGCCCAAGAGCAGAAGGCUGUUCCAGGAAGGACACCAAAACCAAGAAAACCAAAGCACGAGAAGUCAAAGGUCAAAGGUGCACCUGCAGUACAGACCUUCCUCACGCAGGUGCUAAACAAAGGUAAGUUUAAGAAGGUGGGUGAGACCAUAAGUGUGCAGACAGGAGACACUCUGGAGCUGAGGUGCAGGGGAAAACCUGUGCAGUGGAGCGUCCCCAAGUACCUGGAAGAGGAUGAUGACGGGAGGCUCAGAAUUGUCCAAUAUGAGCGAUAUGGAGUUCUGACAUUAGUCAACACCACUGGUGCAGACACAGGGGAGUACACAUGUUAUCCAAUGUACUGUGAAGAUACUGACUGCAGGAAGGAAUACAGCAAAGCUGCUAAAGUCUUUGUCUUCUUUCCAGAUCCACAUGAACUAUUUGUUCCAUCAUCUGAAUAUUACGAGGUGAUUGUGCUGAGAACUAACUGGCCUACAGUCCUGCCGUGUCUGGUGACGUCACCUGAGGCUAAAGUAACUCUGCAUUUUGAAUACCCACCUUCAGAGGUGGUGGUGGACGGGAUGGAGAUCUCCUUUAAUGUCAAGAAGGGCUUCACGAUCCAUCGACCUCGGCCUUAUCAUGCCGGAGCCUUAUACUGUGUUGCCAGUCUGGGAAACCUAAGGCAGAGCUCCACCAAGUACAUGCUUGUCUAUGUCAACUAUCCCAGGGCUCCUCCUGCUCCAGUGAUCCAAGCGUCAUCGAGCACAGUGGCUGUGGGGGAGAACCUGCGUGUCAGCUGCUCUGUGAUGGGAGAACGAGACGUGGCCAUAGAAUUCACCUGGGAAUACCCAGGACAACAGAUUGAGAGGCCUCUGUACACACAAGAAAACAUCAGUCCAGUCAGUGGAGGAACUGCUCAGCAGCAGUCUCAGUCCGUGCUCCUCGUGGAUGAGGUUAGAGACGUGGACCAGGGAACAUACACUUGCACCGCUCAGAACCUGCAAGGGGCCAAAUCGGUGUCCACCACCAUUAAAGUGAUCCCUAGAGCCAAACCUAAGAAACCAUGAGUUGGAUGACAUUGCUGAAAAAAAGGUGGUGGCUCUGACUCUUUGACUCUGUCAGAGAAUGAAAUGUUUUUUGUUUUGCUUUGGGGUUUUUUUUUUUGUUUUUUUGUUUUUUUUUUCAG